AUGUCUGUGGGUUUCUUCCUCUGUUUCCGAUUUCAUCAUUUUUACGAUCGUCUUCGACAUAUUUGAUUUUCGUGCGUUCAUUCAGGUUUUGUGUAUGACAAGUUCACUGCCAAGGCCUUCUGUUAGAAUUUAGCUAUCCCUGAUACAGUUUAAUGUGCCAGUGUUUUGUGUCCAUGCUAGACACUCAGGGCUGGUCAGCUGAGUCUCCGAACUGCUUAUCUAAUGAGAGGCCAUUGUAGCUGGCAAAUAGCCGUUCGCCGCCGUAAGCGUUUAGCGUGAGGGGUUUAGUAUGUGAAUCGCGCGGACUUCGCACAUCUAUUCUGUUUAGACCUUUCUGGCACAUACCUGGUUCUCUCUGGUGCAGAUUUAAUAUGACACCCGCUAAUUACGGGAAUCCCUAGCAGUCAUGGGGCCGUUCCCACAGUUAUCUGCUAACUUACCACCGCGAGUGUAAUUCCCUAAGCGGAAAUAGACUAUCCGGCAACAUUUUAACAGUGUUUCGUAUCCCUCCCUUUAUUUUCUGCAGCAGUGUUACCACUCUCAAUUCACGGAUGCCCCAAGACGGGUUGGAAAUCUCGCUCUUCUGCCUCUGCGGACAACUGUUCGUGGUCCCGCUCCGAAUGACCCGAAUCUUCAGUUUGAUAUUAUUGAUGAGGCCCUACUUUAUUUCAAGCCCUUGAUCUUCUUUCGUCAAUUUGAGUUUAAGGUAUAGUUGCCGUUGUUGACAGUAUUUUUCCGAUAUUUCGAGUUGCAUUGAUUUUAGCGCCUUUAAAACGUUUAGUUCAACUUGACCAAAUUUGCUCAUGGGCCACUUGAGAUCUGUCAGAAGACGCUUCUCAUGCAUCUCAUUAGGCGCCAUUUUCCACUACGCCCUUCACCGGGGCUAUCACAAUUUAAGUCAUACUAGCUGACUUACUGACUAGUGUGGAGAAUUCGAGUUGCCGCUUGCCACAAUUAGGCAGAUUGGUAAUAUUAUUCAAAGGAAUUUUAGGAGACAUUUCACUGUCUUACAUAAAACCCGCGCCUGAAAAGGUUUUCAGCUAAAGAGAUGACCACUGUGUUAUCAUUCACACGUGGGUGCAUGCUCUGAUUCUGCCGUCCAUAGCGUGACUAAUAGAAACUCCCAGUAUCUAAGAUAACGCCUCGCCUCAGUAAACCCUCAAAGCUUCUUGACUUCCAUUUCAGAGCGAUGCCGACCGUGUUUUGGUAUACUUAGUACUUUACAUCUUGGAAUGCCUUCGUAAACUCCAACGGGUAAGUUGUCCGCAUUUGUUGCAAUUCUAGUAUGGUUUGUCCAUUUUCUAUCCUGAGGUUCCUGACUUGCCGCCCGUUCUUAUUCCGCGUUUUCUUUUACCUUAAUUCACGAACUUGUGGCUAUUCACGUAUGUUUUCUUGCAGUAUUCAUGUUGGUAUACUCUUGGGUAUUGCUGUCCCAACUCCAUUUAUUGUAAUUUUGAUUGGAAGUCCGCCUCCUCAGCGAGGGAAUUCUAGAAUCUAGUGACAUACCUUAGGUGACGAAAACAUAUAGCUUAGAUUUUUAAAUUGCUUUUGGAAAUAGUUUCCGUAUUUCUACACAGGAAAUCCGUUGCACAUUGUGAACUGUGAUAAGUUUGAAGGAACGUUUUUUAAACUAUCCAUCUAUAGAUGCCGCAAUAGUUGUCAUUAGCAUAUCUUAUCAUUUCUCCCCACAAUAUAUUGAACCCUAGUGUAAUACGAAAACUCUUGGAGCUAAAGAACUCAAUGCCCUCGCGAUAGCGCGCUUUGAUCUGCCUGGCGACCCUGGAUUCCCACGUGAACUAAAUACUCUCUAUGCGAGGCCCAGCAUGUCUGAGGUGGACACGAUGCGUAAUUACCUGACUCAACUGCGCACCGAAAUGGGGACACGCCUUCUAAAGGCGGUUUACCCCAAUGAGACCGGUCCGCCCAGCAAGGUAAGUCAUGCCGCGGUCGCCCCGUUUUUCUUAUAUCUCCCCCUAAUGUCUUGGGGACGCAAUUUUCAUGUGGGUAGAGUACAGCAGACUGCAAGUCUGAACUUUUAAGCGUUAUUUAAACCUCACUACCUAUGUGCUGUCUUUCAUCGGAAUAAGAUCUCGUGACUUUUUUCUUUUUAGUGGUGGCUGUGCUUCUCCAAACGCAAGUUCUUGGACAAGAGUCUUUCAGCUCCAGGAGCCCACUAA